GUGAUGACGUAAUGGCUUUGUGCGCUGGGCGGCCGGGGGGCAGCAGGAGCAGCAGCUGCAGCUUGCCGCGCUUUCUCGCUGCCAUUCGCCACGCUGGGGCUGCCUCCGCCGCCUCUGGGUGCCGGCUAGACCCGCCCUCUUCUUCCUUCCCGCGUGAGUAGCGGUCCCCUCUUCCGGUAUAUAACUUAAACCUAUUUUAUGAAACUGACCCUUUCCCAAGUAUACCUCUUUGAUGUCUGGUAUCUGAAACCUCCUAACUAUGCCAGCAGCUACAGUAGAUCACAGCCAAAGAAUUUGUGAAGUUUGGGCUUGCAACCUGGAUGAAGAGAUGAAGAAAAUUCGUCAAGUUAUACGAAAGUUUAACUAUGUUGCCAUGGACACAGAGUUUCCAGGUGUAGUUGCACGGCCUAUUGGAGAGUUCAGAAGCAACGCAGACUAUCAGUACCAAUUACUCCGCUGUAAUGUAGACUUACUAAAGAUAAUUCAAUUAGGGCUGACAUUUAUGAACGAGCAAGGCGAAUACCCUCCGGGAACUUCAACAUGGCAAUUUAAUUUUAAAUUUAAUUUAACAGAGGACAUGUAUGCCCAGGAUUCUAUAGAGCUACUAACAACAUCUGGAAUCCAGUUCAAAAAACAUGAGGAAGAAGGAAUUGAGACUCAGUACUUUGCUGAACUUCUUAUGACGUCGGGCGUAGUGCUAUGUGAAGGAGUCAAGUGGCUUUCAUUCCAUAGUGGCUAUGACUUUGGAUAUCUGAUCAAGAUCUUGACGAAUUCCAAUUUACCCGAAGAAGAACUGGACUUCUUUGAGAUACUGAGAUUGUUUUUCCCAGUCAUUUAUGAUGUGAAGUACCUUAUGAAGAGUUGCAAAAAUCUCAAGGGUGGCUUGCAAGAAGUUGCCGAGCAAUUAGAGUUAGAGAGGAUAGGUCCACAGCAUCAGGCAGGAUCUGAUUCUCUACUAACUGGCAUGGCCUUCUUCAAAAUGAGAGAGAUGUUCUUUGAAGAUCACAUUGACGAUGCCAAGUACUGUGGUCACUUGUAUGGUCUUGGUUCUGGUUCAUCUUAUGUACAGAAUGGAACAGGAAAUGCAUAUGAAGAAGAAGCCAACAAGCAAUCAUGACAGGAAAUAGGAAGCCACUUUUUCUGAGCUCCACAUGCUUGUACAUAGGUUUUAUCUCUGGUUGAAUCCCUUGGACAAUAAGGCGUUCUUUUCCUCUCUUUAUCAGACAUGUUUUUUCCUUCCUUUGUAUGUACUAAACUUGACUGUUCCUAUCCUGGUUCUUUGACCUUGAUGUUUAGGCAUUUCUGGGUUAAAUGUGGCCUUGUACCUUGCCCAUCUGUAAGCACAUGUAGGGAGCAGUGUGGCAGAUAGAAGAGGAAAGCUAAAAUGAUAAUGAAAUUUCUGGUAAACUUUAAUUGGUCUUAGUAUUGGUUUAUUAUCUUUCCCACUCUCUUUCCCAAAACUGAACUAGGCACUGAUUGUAACCAAUUUCCCCGUUUGAUGUUUAUCCCUUCCAGCGUACAGGAGUUUUAGCUAUUCAAGAUUGUGGACCAUCACAUUUGCACUUUAGAAGAGAGACUCGGAGUCAGAUCCUCUGUUUUAUCUGAAGUUCUGGUUCAUCUUCCCUGACCUAGAGGGAAUAUUCAUCCACCAACAGAGCAACCUUGGGGUUGUCAUGUUGUGUGUGUGUGUGUGUGUCCAUGUGUGUCCCCACUCCCGCCGCCCUGUUUCAGAUCCAUUGAACCAAAUCAUACUCACUGCAUAAUUUGUGUUCAAAAUUACUGAAAUCUUAGCAGCUGCUCUUAUCUCUAAACUGGUGUUCAGUCUUCCAAAUGUGUCUUGUAGACACUAGCUUGUAAUUAACGUGCCAGUUUAACACUGCUCUGUGAUGGAAAUAACUCCUGGGUACACUCCACUAAAUUGAGAGGCUCUAGCAUGGCAUCUAAUCUGUGCUCCUCUUCAGUUCUCAGUGUGUAGGGGUAUAUUUAGGAGAAAUUCCUUAUGAAUUGCCCUGGGUCUGAAAACAAGCGUUACAGCCUUUAGGAAAGUUUCUGUGUCCUUUUUUCUUUCUUUUUCUUUUUUCUUUUGCUUUCAUGUCUGUGAGUGGAAUUGAAAGGAUGAAAACUGCAAUUAGAUUAGCAACACUAAUUGUGGAUCCAUUUUCUUAUUCCUAUUUCAGCAAGCUAUGCCCUAAAAUACUUUCUAUUUUAAAACCUUAUUUAUUGAAUACUUGAAUAGAUGAACACAACUCAACUUAAGGAUGAGAUCCAAAGAUUUGAAGCCAAUUUGAUAUUGAGCUAAAUGGAAAAAGGAAGAUAGAUGUGUCCUUUUUUGGAGCUGCUACAAAAGAUGUUUGUUGUAAAACAACAAAUCCAUUUGUACCUAAUAAAGUUACCUGAAGCUUGUAA